CACGGGUCCGCGGCGCGCGCCGAGCGGGGGGCGCCGCACGGUGCAGCCACGAUGGAAGGGGGUGCGUACGGAGCGGGCAAAGCCGGGGGCGCCUUCGACCCUUACACCCUGGUGCGGCAGCCACACACCAUCCUGCGCGUCGUGUCUUGGGUUUUCUCCAUUGUGGUCUUUGGCUCCAUCGUGAACGAGGGCUACCUCAACAACUCGGAGGAGGAGGAGGAGUUCUGCAUCUACAACCGGAACCCCAAUGCAUGCCGCUACGGCGUGACGGUGGGCGUGCUGGCCUUCCUCACCUGCCUGCUCUACCUGGCGCUGGACGUGUACUUCCCGCAGAUCAGCAGUGUCAAGGAUCGCAAGAAGGCCGUGCUGUCGGACAUCGGUGUCUCGGCCUUCUGGGCCUUCUUCUGGUUCGUGGGUUUCUGCUUCCUGGCUAACCAGUGGCAAGUCUCCAAGCCCCAGGACAACCCUCUGAAUGAAGGGACGGACGCAGCCCGGGCCGCCAUCGCCUUCUCUUUCUUCUCCAUUUUCACUUGGGCGGGCCAGGCUGUGCUGGCCUUCCAGCGGUACCAGAUUGGCGCCGACUCGGCCCUCUUCUCCCAGGACUACAUGGAUCCCAGCCAGGACUCCAGCAUGCCUUAUGCACCCUACGUGGAGCCCAGCGCUGGGCCGGACCCUGCUGGCAUGGGUGGCACCUACCAGCAUCCAGCCAACGCCUUCGAUGCUGAACCCCAGGGUUACCAGUCGCAGGGCUACUGAGCCCCCAUGAUGGUGGUGACAGUGACCGCCUACCCUGUCCCUGUCCUUUCAUCCUAGCUCCCCUUCCAAACACCCUGUUCCCUCCCAGGUGACCCUGCCUAGCACCUGCUCAGCCUCCAAGUGACUCCACUGAGGCCCAGUGCAGCUGGGGUGGGGGAAUCGGGGAGCCAGGUGGGGUGUGUCCACAUGUGUGUGCAAGCGUGUGCCCAGCAGGGGUCUAGAGGGUGGGGCCCAGGGGUCACAGUCAUUCAUUAUGUCCUUGAGCAUUCACUGAGCACCUAUUGUAUGCCAGGCUUUGCUCAGCUGGGGAGUGAGAGAAAUGGGGAGGGAAGGUGGACUGAGAAGGCCCUGCUCCAGGUGCAGGAAAGGUAGACAGACAGACAGACAGAUACUGGCAAGUUUGGCUGCAGGGGGACUCAGCCACAGGUGAGUGUGGUCAGUCACAGGAUGUGGGUCAUCAUCUCCAGAAUCCUUGAUAUAUAACUGUCCUCCUGGGAUUGCCAGGGCUAUCUCCAUUUUAUGGUUGAGGAAACUGAGGUCUGAGAGGUCAGAGUACUCUGUCCAAGGUCAUUCAAGCAGCUGAUGUGAGGCCACAUCAAGGUAGGCCGGAUACAGAGCUUCUGCCGGCCUGCCUCUCCUUAUUUCCUUCUACACCUAGGCUUUGCCACUCAGUGUUACUCUGAUUGGGGGGGAGGGGGGCGGUGCUUCAGGACUCGAGUCCAGUGAGACACCAUGAUCUGCUGCAAACAAAGGACCUCCUCUGCCUCAGCUGCUUCCCUCCAUUCGGGUCCCCUCCUCAGUCCUGGUCUUCUAGAGGGCUCCCCAGACCUGCCCCUGUCCCCUUGUGUUGUUCCAAGCCCAACAGGUCCCACAGGGAACUCCUUCGGGGUGUGUCAGCCACCCCCUCUGCAGUCUCCCAAAGGAGUGGAGGCCGCCCCUGCCCCUUGGAGGGCUCCCUGAGUCUUUGCUCAUGGCUGGGCAGACGGGAGGCCAGGUGGGAGUGGAGAGUGACCCAAGGUCCCAGUGAGGAAGCGGUGGUAGAGCGGCCAGGCCGGGAGCUUUCGAUUACAGGGUCAGUUUGAGUGCAGGUCACACUGCCCCAGAUGACUCACAAUUGAGACACUGCAGGGUAGGCUCAGGGAGACCUUGAGCCACGGGAGAAAAAAAAAAAAGAGAAUACCAGGUGAUUGCAGAGACAGGGGAGAGUGGGCGGGGCCUAAGGGGACAGAAGAUGCUCCCCUCUCCAUCACAGCAGGAACCCAGAGGGAGAGUGUCUGUGCCAUCUUCCUGUGCGUACCCGGUAUACACCACCUGGUUCCUUGUGAAGCAGGGCAGUGGGCUGUGAGUCAGCUUCAACAAUGGGUGUCCCCACCAUCUCACCCCAUGCCCUACAGGAUGCAGAUGGGCAGGUUUGCUCUAUGUGAGUCAUCGGGUGUCAGCCAGGUUAAUCAUGACAUGGGAUCCCUGCGGUGUGCCCACAGUGCGAGCCUACCAUUUUCAGCUGAGAAACUGUAGCUUUGGGGUUAUUUCUACCAGCGACACAUAGUUGGCUCUUCUGGUACCCAUGCUGGUGUGGCGUCACCAAGGGUGUCCUCUGAGGGCCUGUGGACCACACAGAGAUACAGGACCCAUUACAGUAGGAAAGCACGGUGUGAGUGUAGGCCUAAGGAAGUCAGUCAAGGAGAGGACACCACUACCCCUCCUGAACAGAAGGGGAAACUGAGUCUCUGUGAGCGUGGAGAGUGAGCAUUGGAGAUUGGAUCCAAACUGGGGUCUCCCAAGUUCCCUAGGGGGCCACAGUGUUGGGAGAGGACCCCAGGCAGCUGAGUGACAACUGGCUGUUGCUAACUUCCAUUUUCCACAUCUGGGAAGGGGCUCUGUGUACACCCCCGUGCCCCAACCAGGCGGCUCAACUAGGGACAGCUUGGGUGACUUGACUGGUUCCAGACCAGAGGGGACAGGCAGUGUGGCUACUGGAGUGUUUCUGUGCCACCAAGAGGCUGUGAGAAGUCCUGGCCUUCACUACUCCUGCUGGUGAGCACUAGAGACCCAAGGACUGCCCGUCCGUUUCUCCCUGGACAGCACCAGGCAGCUGGUAGUGGCAGGCAGAGGGCAGAGUGCUGGUUAAACUCUGCCCAGCCUUGGGUGUCUGUCCUAGACCCUCGUCCUCAGGCUGGGGAGGUUUACAGGACCAGGAGCAGGGCUGCUGGGACCUUGGCAAGCACCUCCCCUUUUUCCAGAUGCAUGCCACCAUCCUGGUAGUGAUGUCAGCCUAGGAGGACUGGAGUAAGACCCAGGCUUCUGACUCAGUGGUUUGGGCGGGGUCCACCCCACACCCCCUUGGACGGAGCAUAGCCCUGGGAGGACCCAAGGCCAGCAGCAUCCCGACUUCCUUGCCCUCUCCACUGUCUCUGCUUUCCUCUCCUCCCACAUUCUCCUUGGAGACAGCCCCCCACAGCUGAAAUUGGGGGCCCCCCUUUCCCUGUCAAGCACAAAAGAAGGUCUGGGAAAUAUGGGUUCCACGUGACUUUAUAGCUGCAGAGGUCCUUCAAGAGACUCAUGUCUCAUCCAAGGUCAAGCACAGAGAGAGAGAUCGGGAGCCCUGUCUUCUGCCUUCUGAGAUGACAUGACCUGCAGUCCCAGGCCAACAUGCCUGGGUGGCCCCCAGUCCACCUGGGAUGUAGCAAUCAAGGGGCUAAUUCCCAGGGGACUGGCACCAGGCUCCGCUCCGUCUGUCCCUAAUGAUUCUUGAUCUUCAAAGACUCUUGGGGUUCUAGGCUUUUCCCAUGUAACCAAGAGAUCCCACUUGUUACCCCUGAGGCACCCCUACCCUUGAUCCACAACCCCUUUGAUCUCUUAAAGAGCGUGAGCAGGAGUCCCCAGAGUUUAUGGAGGGUGGACUGGGCUAGCCGUCUCCGAGUGCUACCCCUGAUGUGACACUCCCGCCCCUGGCACCCGUGGCUCUUGUCUGGGUGCCCUCCCCCGCAGCGUUACUGCCUGUGUAUAGUAUAAAUAUAUAUAUUUUCUAUAUAUAAGAUGUAUAAUAUAAGGCUCCACAAUAUAUCUGUGAGUGUGUGUGCGCGUGUGUGUGUGCGUGCGGUGAAGGGUGGCCCCCCACCGUGGGCCCUGCUCUAGACCCUCCCCCACCUGGUUAAGCCUCUCCAGAGUGGAUCCAGUGGCCCUGUGGCAUCCUCCUCUAUGACAUCCAUCCAUCUGUGGUGAACCAAGUGAAGGUGGUGACUUCUGGUGAUAUAGUAAUAAAGUGAAGACUUCCAACUCA